UUAUUGUGGAGAUGUGUUCCGGUUCUGUGCGCGGUUCCUCCCUGCAGCACCGGGCCGUCUAGGAGGAGGAGCUGAAGGUCACAGUCUCCUCAGCAUCCGUGCACCGAACCUCCAUCAACCGGCGCCUGGUCGGUCCGGACCGCCCGCAGCAGCCAUGGGGAACCGGGGCAUGGAGGAUCUGAUCCCGCUGGUGAACCGGCUGCAGGACGCCUUCUCCUCCAUCGGCCAGAACGCGGAGCUGGACCUGCCGCAGAUCGCGGUGGUGGGCGGACAGAGCGCCGGGAAGAGCUCGGUGCUGGAGAACUUCGUGGGCAAGGACUUCCUCCCUCGUGGUUCAGGAAUCGUCACUAGGCGUCCCCUGGUGCUUCAGCUCAUCAACUGUCCGACAGAAUAUGCAGAGUUCCUGCACUGUAAAGGCAAGAAGUUCACCGACUUUGAUGAAGUUCGUCAGGAGAUCGAAGCUGAAACAGACCGAGUGACGGGGCAAAACAAAGGAAUCAGUCCGGUCCCGAUCAACCUGAGAGUGUACUCGCCCAACGUGCUUAACCUGACGUUGGUCGACCUCCCGGGGAUGACGAAGGUCCCAGUGGGAGACCAGCCUGCCGACAUCGAGCACCAGAUCAGAGAGAUGCUCAUGCAGUUCGUCACCAAGGACAAUUGUCUCCUAUUGGCUGUUUCACCAGCCAACUCUGACCUCGCCAACUCCGACGCGCUGAAGAUCGCCAAGGAGGUCGAUCCACAAGGUAUGAGGACCAUCGGAGUCAUCACCAAACUGGACCUAAUGGAUGAAGGAACCGACGCCAGAGACAUUCUGGAGAACAAACUACUGCCGCUGCGCAGGGGUUACGUCGGGGUGGUGAACCGCAGUCAGAAGGACAUCGAUGGGAAGAAAGACAUCGCAGCAGCUCUGCAGGCUGAGAGGAAGUUCUUCCUGUCACAUCCUGGGUACCGUCACCUGGCUGACCGUAUGGGCACCGCCUACCUGCAGAAAGUCCUCAACCAGCAACUAACCAACCACAUCCGAGACACGCUGCCGGGGUUACGGAGCAAGCUGCAGAGCCAGCUGCUGUCCAUCGAAAAGGAGGUGGAGGAGUACAAGAACUUCAGACCAGAUGACCCAAGCCGCAAGACCAAGGCUCUGCUACAGAUGGUGCAGCAGUUUGCGGUGGACUUUGAGAAGCGGAUCGAAGGUUCUGGAGAUCAGGUGGACACCUACGAGCUGUCAGGAGGAGCCAAGAUCAACCGUGUCUUCCACGAGCGCUUCCCCUUCGAACUGGUCAAGCUGGAGAGCGAUGAGAAGACCCUACGCAAGGAGAUCAGCUAUGCCAUCAAGAACAUCCACGGAAUAAGGACGGGUCUGUUCACACCGGACAUGGCCUUUGAGACCAUAGUCAAGCGUCUGAUUGCUCAGCUCAAAGAACCGUGCCAGAAGUGCGUGGACCUGGUGAUCAUGGAACUAGUCAACACCGUCAGGCAGUGCACCAACAAGUUGGCUCAGUAUCCGCUGCUCAGAGAGGAAAUGGAAAGAAUCGUCACUCAGCACAUCAGAGACCGAGAGAGUCGCACCAAAGACCAGGUGAUGCUGCUGAUUGACAUUGAGCUGGCCUAUGUUAACACCAAUCAUGAGGAUUUUAUCGGCUUUGCAAAUGCGCAGCAGAAGAGCAGUCAGGUAAACAAGAAGAAGGCUGCAGGAAACCAGGACGAGAUCAUGGUGAUCCGUAAAGGUUGGCUCACCAUCAACAACAUCGGCAUCAUGAAGGGCGGGGCCAAAGAGUACUGGUUCGUCCUGACGGCCGAAGCUCUAUCCUGGUACAAGGACGAUGAGGAAAAGGAGAAGAAGUACAUGCUGCCUGUGGACAACCUAAAGCUGAAGGACAUCGAGAAGAGCUUCAUGUCCAGCAAACACAUCUUCGCCUUGUUCAGCACCGAGCACAGGAACGUCUAUAAGGACUACCGGCAGCUGGAGUUGGCCAGUGAGUCCCAGGAGGAGGUGGACAGCUGGAAGGCUUCUUUCCUACGGGCUGGAGUUUACCCUGAACGCAGCGUGGACAAAGAGAAGGUGGAAGGAGAGGAGUCCAGUUCUGACGGGCAGAUCCACAGCAUGGACCCUCAGCUAGAGCGACAGGUGGAGAUUGUCCGGAACCUGGUGGACUCAUACCUGUCCAUCAUCCACCGUACCAUCAGAGACCUGAUCCCCAAGACCAUCAUGCACCUGAUGGUCAACAACACAAAGGAGUUCAUCCACUCUGACCUGCUGGCCCAGCUUUACUCAUGUGGAGACCAGAACAGCCUGAUGGAAGAGUCCCAGGAACAGGCCCAACGGCGGGAUGAGAUGCUCCGGAUGUACUUUGCUCUGAAAGAAGGUCUCAGCAUCAUCGGGGACAUCAGCACGUCCACCGUCACCACGGCGGCGCCUCCUCCUGUGGACGACUCCUGGCUGCAGGUGACGGGGAUGCCGUCUGGACGCAGAUCUCCAAUGUCCAGUCCCACCCCCCAACGCCGGGCCCCCCCCGGUCCGCCCCGACCCGGGGGCCGUGCAGCUCCUGGUCCUCCUUCCCGUCCCGCAGUGUCCCCUGAUCCGGGAGGACCACCCCCCUCUGUCCCUUCACGUCCCAAUAGAGCACCUCCUCCUGGAGUCCCCAGUCACAGAGCUCCUGCAUCUCCAUCCCGACCCACCAGACCAGCCUCUGACUCCGCCCCAUGACUCCGCCCCAUGACUCCGCCCUCUGGCUCCACCUGUUGAUUCCACCCUAUCACAAACACUUAAGCACAAAUACGCACCAACUCACACAAAUUCAGUUCUGAAGAUGGCAAAUGGUUAAAGCCGGUACUGAUCCCGGUUCUGUUGGUCCUGUGGUGUCCUCACCGGCGGUGAGUACCGCUGAUAGCUCUCGAUGGUUCCAGCGUCGGUUCUAGACAGGCCCAUCUGGUUCCUGGGUUCUGCAGCUGUUGGGUUGGAUCCAAUCAGUUUGUAGAUUUUUUUGCUGCAUCCUGAGAAGAUUCUACGACCCGGUUUUCAUCGUUAACUGCUCCUGAUCCACUUCACUUCCAGCUGGACCUGAUCCACUUCAGAUCGGUUCCUGUUUGGUUUGAACUGGUUCUGAGUUCUGACUGGACCCAGUUCUUGUUGACUGACUCUUCUUGUUGUUUUUCUCUCUGUUCUGCUCUCGUCCUGCAUUUGUUCUCCCAGUCGUCCCAGUAAAGGUAGCCCCGCCCACGGAGAGAGCCCCCAGUCCUCUAUCGAGGGUUGACCUGCAGACCCUCGCAGUGUUUGUGUCUCUGUGUCUGUUCAUGAUCAUAAUUAGCUCGUUGUGAUGAAUCCAAGCCAUCUGCUGUGUGAGGUGAGACCGGUCGGCGGCGUGUCGGUCUCCCUGUGGACAUGGACAGCCGGAGACGUCCCAAAGACCAAGACGUAUCACUCCGCUCCGGGUCUUCAGGCUGGUCUGGGAUCAAUUGUGAAUUUUUGUCUUCAGUUUCUUGGUUGGUGUCCAGAAUGAAGCUGAGAUGUUCUGCGAUGUUUCUUUACAGUGUAAAGUUUUAUUUAUUGUCUUAUUUAUUGGUUAUUGAUGAUCUGCUGCUCUAACUGAUCACACGUUCUGAUGGACUUUGUUUAAACCUUCACACUGCCGUCUGACUUCGGUUCUUACUGAUCCUGUGUGGUUUGAUCCAAUCGGUCCUCGCUGAGAAACCUGUUUUGUGUAUUAAUGGUGCUGCCUGAUCCGGACUGGUCUCAUCGGGUUCUAGUCGGUUCCAUCUGGUUCCAUCUGGCUUCAGUCCAAACACGUUCCCACAGGUUCAAACUGGUUCAAACUGGUCCUAACAACCACAACUGGUUUAAAGCAGUCUAAACUGGUUCAAACUGGUCCUAACAACCACAACUGGUUUAAAGCGGUCUAAACUGGUUCCUGCUGGUUCUAACAACCACAAUUGGUUUAAAGCAGUCUAAACUGGUUCAAACUGGUCCUAACAACCACAACUGGUUUAAAGCGGUCUAAACUGGUUCCUGCUGGUUCCAGUAGUGACUGAGUGGAUCUCUCUGAGUUUAGCCGGACCGAUGAAAUCAGAGAUUUGCUAGUUCUAAUGUUCUUAUGAACCCAGUCUACCCAGUUAUCAGAACCAUCUGGGCAUUUUGCUCCAGGUUGUAUGUCUUUGUGGUUCCUGUGGUUUUAAAUAGAGAAGCUUAUCUAAGAGACGUCGGGUGCUUUCAUGCGGAGAACGGUUCUGGAAGGUGAUUGUGGGUCGAUGAAGCGGUCUGAGCUUUAGCUGUACCUGACAGGUGCUGAAAACCCGUUUCUGUUGGUUGGCCGUUCAGAUUCUGUCCUUUAACUGAGCAUCAGGGUGUUAUCUGUGCUUGGUUGGGAUCAGAGAAGGUUAUCAACUCUAAAGACGACAGGCUGAAACCUUCCUCUUAAUUGGAGCCGUUCUUCAAAGGUCUUCAGGUGCAGCGUGUAUCACCAGAGUCUCACCUGUGAUCAGCAGCCAAUCAGAGCAGACACGGAGAAACCAAUCAGAAACUUGCUGGUUUUCACCCUGAGCGACAAUUGUUUUUCAUUAAAGUAUAUUUGCUGGUUUCUCUCCUGUUCUUUAAUGUCAAACAUGUGAUGAUCUGAUUGUUUCUGAAGUUCUGACCGGGUUCUGGUGAGCUGACUGGUUCCUAAAAACCUGGUAAGUCUCUCAUGAUUGGGUUCUGAUGACCUGAGCGAGGCCGGCAGCGUGGAUCUGAUGGAUCUUCUCGUCAGUUUACUCAUGGUGUUGUGGUGAUAGAGUCAGCGGGUCGUAGCCGUGACGUGUUCUCCGUGUUAGUCCUAGCAUGUUCUGUGCUGUCUGGUGAUCAAGUUCUGCACCUUCUCUGCAGCAACUCUGUGUUCAGCUCUGAUGAAAAAUAAUAAAUGUGUUGAUGAAUCUGCAGCAGCUCCUACUGUAACUGUGAGAUUACUGUGUGUCAUGUGACCAGGGCAAACAUAUGUUAACCUCAAUAAAGUUAUGUGAAUCAAAACC